GUCUGAAACGCCUUAGUUGGGCAUCUGAGAACAGACGUUUACACCCAUACCAUUGCGCUACGAUGGAGCAAAUAUUGGUCGCAGAGUCGCCAAUCGACAAAGAUAUUGCUGCUGUACGCGUUCAAAUCGAAGCGCUUCGUCACCGACGCUCAUUGUUAUCGCAUACUCUGCUUUCGUCGCGUCGAUUGAAGUCACAAAUAGCGCAUUCAAGUCCGAAUGCAGACGUUCCACGCACCGCGAUCGAGUUUGUCAAAGAGCAGAUUGCGAACCAAGAGAACACAACAGUCACAAAUCUACAUCGCGCCUUUGCUGGUAUCACGGCUUUCCGAGUGCAAGAUCCGGAUCCCAAUGCCAUAGAUGGUGGAAAGAUCCUCGGAAUACGCAUUGAAAUCUUUUCUGCGAGAGACCGCGCGUUCAUAACCCCGUAUUAUGUGCUUUUGAAUCAACCGGAGUCUGAUGCUGGUCUUCUGAAAAUCCACAAGCACACCAUCCCUGUAUGCAUACCGCUGCAAUCACUGGUCAAAAAGUACCUCCCGUACAAGGUCAGUGAAGAUAAUUCGCUGAAAGCUGGGCCCCCGCAAGAUCUGCCAAAAUUUGUGCGAUCUUUGAGAAAGGAGCUGGUUGCGCAUCACAAACGAAUUGAAGCUUAUAAACAUUUGAAAGAGGAACUGGAGAAUAGACGUGGCGUCAGUAGCGUCAAGAUGCUGGACUCCACUGCCAAGGAAAUCGAGAUCCUGUUCACAAACAAUAUCCUUGCACGCAUUCGAGUGGAAUUGAAUGGUAGAAUCGAAAGGGUGGCCGUAGGUCCAUCCCCAGAUGCUGGCACAGAGGAGCAUAGUGCGAAGGUAUAUCGAGAGAUAAAGAGGACCAUUGAAAGCGGCGAUGGUCGGAUUGAUAGCCUGAGCACGCGUCUACGAUGGACGAGGAACGGUUAAGGAAAUGCUUCUCAUUUUCGGAUUAUGAUUUUGAUGUGAGAUGUGCUGACUGUAACUCGCCAAAAGAUGAUUUUUCCAAUUUCUGCUAA